GCGUCGCGCAUUUGUCCAUGGAUGGAUCUUUUUUUUCUCCCCUUCUCCUUUUAAAAGCCCUAAAGGUAUAUGCGCGGGGAAUCUAGGGCGGUCCAAUGAUCGUCUCUCGUCGCCUUGCUUCUUCGUCUUCGUCUCUCCUCCACCAGUCAUGGCGGAGCGGCGGCGGAGCGAGCGCAUUGCAAGCGCGGCAUGUGAAGAAGCUCCUCCAGGUCAUUCUCACGGAGCCCGUGGAUCGGCUGGGAGAGGCUGGAGACAUUGUCAAGGUUUCCGCUGGCUAUGCGCGGAAUUAUCUUUGUCCACAGCUCAAGGCCAUGCCUGCGAUCGAGAAAUACGUUAACUUGGUCAAGCAAAAUCUCAAGUUCUUUCCACCAACAGUCGCCAAAGAGGACGAAGAACAAGCGGAGAGACAAAAGCAAGACAAGAUCCAAAGGAGGGACAUCGAGAGAAUGCUCCAUCGAUUCGAUACCCGUGGCCUGGUUCUCUACAAAAUCAUCAAGGAUCCCACCACACUGCGAUUCCCCGUCACUGCUCGCGACUUGGUACCCGAGGUAGCGAGGCAACUCCAGAUCGAAGUGGUGGAGCGGCACUUCGAUCUCCCGGAGCCGCUCACGCAACUCGGCCACUUCCAAGUACCAAUCCGGCUACCACCCGACUUGCCACUCCCGGGAGGUAAGCGCACCAUGUUCCUCAAAGUGAGAAUUCGCAGGAAGAACUACCUCCACGACCGGGUCUAUCUCCCACCAAAGUAUCCAAACGGUGCUCCUCCAUCCAAGAAACCCAAAGACUAGAAAUAAGCUCUCUCUCUCUCUUUUCUUCACAUAAAUCAAACCAUAUUAUUUUGUGAUCAAA